AUGUAUUCCGGCCGUACACCUACCCUAGAUGUUUCUGAUCCAGAUUUUGCUAAGCAGGUAUUGAUUGACAAUUUCAACCAGUUCCGAAACAGAAAAAAACCGACGGUCACACAAAGACCACUUGAUAAAGGUAUAAAAUUAAGCAGGAAUGAAAAUUGGCGCCAUGCUAGAAAUUUAUUAUCACCGACAUUCACAUCAGAAAAGCUGAAGGAGAUGGUUCCUUUACUCAACAAAUGUGCUGAAACUAUGGUGAAAAAUUGCUCCAAACUUUGUGAAAGUAAUCAGGCAAUUGAGGUUAAAGGUAUAUUUGGUGCAUAUGCAAUGGAUUGUAUUGCUAGCUGUGCAUUUGGAGUAGAAAUAGACUCACUGAAUGAUCCUAACAAUGAAUUUGUACGAAAUGCGAAGAUGGUGUUGACAUUUAGUAAAAUGGAUCCAUGGCUAUUCAUGAGUUUAUUCUUUCCCUUUGUUGGUAGAAUGCUAGACAUAUUUAAUUAUUCUGUCUUCUCAAGGAAAGUUACAAACUUUUUCUUCAAUGAAACUGCAAAGAUUAUUGAUGUUCGAAAAAAAGAAGAAAGGCCAAGAAAAGACUUUGUACAUUUUAUGUUGAAUGCACAUAAAACCAGCAGUGGUGAUAGUGAUAAGGAAAAAUACCGUUACCAUGGUAUGGCUAACGAUGAAAUUACUGCUAAUUCAUUGACAUUUUUUCUCGAAUCAUACGACACCAUAAGUACCUGCCUGGGAUUCACAUCAUACCUCUUAGCAACCAACUCAGAGGUACAACAGAAACUGAUACAACAAAUUGACAAAGUGGUUGCUAUGCAUGGUCGUGUGACCUAUGAUGCACUAAAUGACAUGCCAUAUUUGGACAUGGUAAUUUCUGAAAGCCUUAGAAUGUACCCACCUGCUGUCUUCUUGGAACGUGAAUGUGAAAAAGACGUCAUAAUUAAAGACAUUCCCAUUCAUAAAGGAAUUGGAGUUACCAUCAAUGUGUGGGCGAUUCAGCAUGAUUCUGAGAUUUAUCCAGAACCUGAUAAAUUCAUUCCAGAAAGAUUCACAGCUGAGCAGAAGUCCAAGCGACCAUCUUGUUCAUUUUUAGCAUUUGGUGUUGGCCCUAGAAGCUGUAUUGGUAUGCAGUUUGCACUUGCAGAAUGUAAAAUGGCUCUGGUUCAGAUUUUAAAGAGGUUUACAUUUGAAACAUGCGGACAAACAGAGAUACCUUUGGUACUUGGCAAAAUGGUAGAGUUGGCUCCUUCAAUGGGAAUCACACUGAAGUUCAAGAAGAGACAGUAA